GGCACCUUUCCACAUCUCACGACCUCUGAAACCACCUCUUCGUACAGUGACACUUCUCACUCGAUACUCCAAACCAAACCAAGCCUACCCAAAACCAAAUCUAUCUUACAUUACCGUCAGAAUGUUCGGCUUCGACGACGCUAGACAAUCUCACCAAGAGGUCUAUGGUAACGGAGGCUACGACAAUCAGGCCAAAUUCUCUCACGAACUCAUCGCAGGCGGUGCUGCCUUUGAGGGUAUGAAGUUGUUCGAGGACCGUCAACGCAAAGAGGGCAAGCCCGUCUCCCAUUCCUUUGCCAAGGAACUUCUCGCCGGAUUCGUUGGAGGAGAAGUUGACAAGCUCGCCGAGACCAAGGGAAUGAACGAGUAUGAUGCCUACGAGGCUAAGAAGAGAGCCAGAGAACAUGCCGAAAACAUGUAUGAUCAGCACUACGGCGGCAUGGACCAGUACAACCCUGACCAGCGUGAUGCUCCCAACUUCAACUACUAG